CUUUUUUACAUAACUAACAACACCCAGCAAUGAUUUCUGCAUAUCGGACCAGAAGAGCAGCACGAAAUGCUGACAAAAUCAAGAAAAGCUCCAGAUCGGUGGAUUUGGAGGUAGAAGUGGCCGUACCGGAGCAUUUCCGGUGCCCGAUAUCGCUGGAGUUGAUGAAAGAUCCGGUCACGUUGUCGACGGGAAUAACCUAUGAUAGGGAGAGCAUCGAGAAGUGGAUAUAUGAAGACGGAAAACACAUGUGUCCCGUCACCGGCAUGGCCUUGACCAGCCUUGAGACUGUGGCGAACCAUAUGAUCAGAAAGAUGAUCCAAAAUUGGUGUGUCCAGAAUAAGUCAUACGGGAUUGAUCGCAUUCCAACCCCUCGGGCUCCGGCGAGCUCGUAUCAAGUUUCCGAGAUUCUAUCGAAGAUUGUGGCGAUGAGAGGGAAGGGAGAUGCAGAAGGUGUUAUGGAGUUAGUGGUGAAGAUCAAAGAUUUAGCAAAGGAAAGUGAAAGGAACAAGAGGUGCAUUGUGUCAAACGGGUCAAGUCGGGUGUUAUCCGAAACCUUUGAGGUGUUCUCUUGCCGUGAAAACCUCCCAGUUUUGGAAGAAAUCUUGUCGGGUUUAACCCUAAUGCUACCACUUGAUCAAGAAACCAUAUCUUAUAUCGGGUCGAAUCGAUCUUUACGUAGCAUUGUAUCGAUCUUGAAGCAUGGAGGUUUAUCGGGUCGAAGGAAUGCAGUUUUGGCACUUAAAGAUGUGUUCUCAUCCGAUCAAAAUACGCUACACAAAUUCGUGGAGAUUGAAGGAAGCAUCGAAGUGUUAGCAAAGCUCAUCAAGGAACCAAUUUGCCCUACCACCACAAACGCUUCAUUGUUAGCCAUUUACCAUUUGAUCACUCCCACAUCUUCUCUAGACCAAAAGAAAACCCUAAUAUCAAGAUUUCUUGAAAUGGGCCUAACCGAAAAGCUCAUAGAAAUGCUUGUAGACUGCACACGAAGCGUUUGCGAAAAGGCUCUUGGUGUCCUCGAAGGUCUCUGCAGCAUCGACGAAGGGCUCGAAAAGGCUUACGGCAAUGCACUAACGGUGCCGGUGCUGGUGAAGAAGCUUCUGCGCGUUUCCGAUACGGCCACAGAGUUUUCUGUUUCGAUUCUUUGGAAUCUGAGCAAGUAUGAGAAGAGAAUGGCGUAUGAAGAAGAUAUGGCCAUGGAAGCACUCCAAAUAGGUGGUUUUCAGAAGCUUUUGUUGCUGUUGCAGGUUGGUUCUUCUUUGAAAACGAAGGAGAAGGCUGGUGACUUAUUGAAAGGAUGGAAUUCGCUUAGAGGAAGAGUGGAGUGCAUUGAAACUAUGGAUUUCAAGUACCUCAAAAGGCCAUUUUGAAUAAGCAUAGAUUUACAGAAUUAAUUUUUUAUUUGUAAAUUUAACAUAAAUAAUAUAUUCAUAGGA